UCGCAACCCGUUCAGUCAGCAGCAGCAUGGGGUUCCGCGCGCAUCUCGUUCUCGUCAUGCUCGUCGUCGCCAACGCAGUGGCCAAAGACGCAAGCGGGUUUGGUCUCGCUCAGCACGUUGUCCUCUUUGGGCUCGACGGGCUCGACGUGCGCUGCCUGCACCAAGCACUCGACAAUGGCCUCGCGCCGCACAUGCACUACCUGCGCUCGCACGGCGUGUACACAGACAGCGCGCGCAACAAUCGACCGGCGGUGAGCUUGCCCAACUGGGCGACGAUCUUCUACGGUGCGAGUGUCAUGUUCCACGGCGUCACGAGCAAUGCGUGGACCUACUGCGCGCCUAGUAAUCACUCACUGGGCAUGUCGUCCAUCUUGCCGCCGUGCGUCGUGUACCCCGACCUCUUCUCCGUCACCAAGCAGCAGCUUCCCGACGCGAGUACCGCCAUGCUGUACACGUGGCCGAGCCUGGACGCGAUCUUGCCGCCAAAGGUCGUCAACAUCGAUACGCACGCGUACUUUGCCUCGGAUGCGACCUGCAACAUGACGCUGGACGCAUCACGUAACGCGACCGACGCUGCGAUCGCGAUUCUCUCGAACGCGUCGACGAUACCCGAAGUGCUCUUUCUCUACUUGGACGAGGUCGACAACUGCGCGCACGAAGCGAGCUGCUUCUCCGACAUUGGCCAAGCCGCGAUUGCUUCGAUGGAUGCCAACAUUGGCGCCGUCCUCAAGGCCGUCAAGAGCGCAGGCGCAUGGAACUCGACUGUCUUCUUCCUGGUCUCCGACCACGGCCGCAACGAAGAUGGCGUCGACCACGGAGACGUCUCGCCGACCAACGAGCAGGUGCAAUGGGCGGUAUUUGGUCAUGGCCUGAGCAGCGGCAGCCGCGAGCUCAAGUCGGCCAUCUCGAUCGAAGACACGGCGCCGACGAUCGCGCAUGUCCUCGGGUUUGCAUCGCCCCUCGAGUGGCACGGCCGCGUCGUAGACGAAGUUUUUCUCGAAGCCAACGAAUCGCUCUACACGGCGGCCAAAAGCGCGUGGAACCUCUGCCUCAUGCAGUCGUGCGCGCCGCUCGACGACGAGGGCACGUCCGGCGCUCCGAGCUCGUCUGAGGACAUCAACUGGGUGCUCGGGCUCACGUCGACGGCGGUCCUAGUUUUGGCGCUGGGCCUUGCGCUGUGCAUUCGCUUCUAUAGCCCUCGAAGCGGCUACGACGCCAUUUGAAGCCGUCGCUUUUUGUAACCUGAACCCUUUGUACAUGUAUAUAUAUAUAUGUGGGUGAUGG